AUGGGAAUGAUGUAUUAUAGCAUGGCUGCCUUAAAUGGCAACCUUGCCGACCAACUGCAGAAUCAGCUGUCGUACGCGAAUCUGCAGAAUGGCGUCGACAUUAAGCCGUUCGCACCUUCACCAUCCUACAAGCGAAUGGCACAACGACGGAAAGUCCCGGAAGGUGAGCUAUGCGCUGUGUGCUCAGAUCUUGCAACUGGUUAUCACUAUGGUGUAGCAAGUUGUAACGGCUGCAAGACCUUCUUUCGAAGGACUAUCGUCAGCGAGCAAACGUUCAUCUGUCAGUAUAACGGAAAUUGCGAUGUCAACAAGAACAUACGAUGUGCAUGUCGACAUUGUCGAUUCAACAAAUGUUUGGCAGUUGGAAUGGAUGCAAAAGCUAUUCAAAACGAUCGAGAUCGAAUAGGUCCAACAAAAAAAGCGAAAUUGAGCAGCGGUUCGGAUGAGGAUCAAGCGAUCACACCGCAUCGGAUGCAAGAUCAGGAAAUCGUUGAACAUUUGACUCAAGUUGAAGGAUUGUGUCAAGAAUUACGAAGAUGUAUUAUGCGGGAUGUGUCUACAGUUCAACAAGCUUUAUCCUCACCAUGUCUCCUCUUUGAAACGCAAGAAUUGACGAUCGAUCCGAGCACGGUAUUCAAGGAAUUGUAUCCAGCAUCAAUGAACGAUAUUCGUAUGUGGAAUAUUCGAGAGAUGAGGAUCUGUAUAGAAUGGGGUAAAACAUUCGACGCUUACCAACGGCUUACGCAUUUUGAUCAGUUUGCACUCGUGCGCAAUUUCGCCUUUGCAUUUAACCUCCUUAAUAGAGUUUUCUAUUCACCUGAUCAUGGACCGGAUAAAAUUGUAUUUCAAAAUGGUGCCUUUAUAAUGCGGCAACCACAACAACAGGUACAAUUAUCCGGUUGUCGGCCGAUAUAUACACGACAAAUGGAUGAAAUUAUGCUGCCGUUUCGACGGCUUCAACUCUCUGUAUCCGAAUUUGCAACGUUUAAAGCGGCCUUGUUUUUUAAUCCUGAUUCGCUAGAUUUAUCAAGUCGUGCGAAACCAGAUGUGUAUGAGGAACGAAACAAAUACCUUAGCGCUCUUUUCACAUGCAUUACCAAUAAACUCGGAUUAUCCGCUGGUGUACAAAAAUACGGGAGUCUGUUGAUGAUGACAGCUAGCAUACAGAAUAUUCUUGCACAAAAUGAAGAGAAUAUGCAAGUGAUGGAAUUGUUCAAAAAUUGGGAGGUGGACCCAUUUGUGAAAGAGUUAUGUAUGAAAAGAGCAUGA